AUGCCGGGUCUUAUUGGUAUUGGUGAAUUCAUUGAGGAAACUCGAGAGGAUUACAGUUCACCUACUACUUCUACGUUCGUAUCUCGCAUGCCACAAUGUCGUCAGACCAUCAGUGCUUUAGAAGAGUGCAGGGUACGAAGCGGCAAAUUCUUACCGAUACUACACCACAAUGUCUUGAAGUCAAGACUAUCACACUAUCAACUUUUGAACAGUAGUUCUACUGAAGUGAAUAUUACAGUCAAUGUGGCUCCUACAUCAUAUGGUUCCUUGCGGCUGUCUCUACAUGUUCGUUUAGCGUUGGAACAGCUCUUCGCUCUUGGGUUCAGUGAGAAGGACGUAGAUGAUGUCAAAGGAAUAUUUGCAGACACCAAUUUGUAUUUGUUAUCAGCAACCGUAUUGAUCGCUAGUUGCCAUCUGCUGUUCGACUUCUUGGCCUUUAAAAAUGAUGUAUCGUUUUGGCGACGCAAGCGCUCUCUCGCUGGCCUAUCUGCUCGCACUGUGUUAUGGAGGGCAUUCUCUCAACUCGUCAUAUUCUUCUAUUUACUAGAUGAGAUGACUUCGCUUCUAGUUCUAAUACCGGCCGGCAUUAGUGCGAUUAUUGAGUUAUGGAAGGUGACAAAAGUCCUACAUUUGCGGGUGUCGUUCUCUGGAUGGAGGCUAAGUGUGUGGCGGGACACGAGCGCUGACGCGGGAGAGAAGAGCACGGCCAAAGCCGACGCUGAGGCCAUGAAGUAUUUGUCUAUGUUACUGUACCCACUCUGCAUCGCUGGAGCUAUAUACUCGCUGGUUUAUGAGCCACACAAGAGCUGGUAUUCCUGGGCGCUGCACAGCAUAGUGAACGGUGUAUAUGCGUUCGGCUUCCUAUUCAUGUUACCUCAGCUGUUCGUGAACUACCGCCUGCGGUCAGUGGCCGCGUUACCAUGGCGCGCGUUCAUGUACAAGGCGUUCAACACUUUCAUAGACGAUAUCUUCGCCUUCAUCAUCACUAUGCCCACCGCUCAUCGUGUUGCCUGCUUCCGAGAUGAUCUCGUCUUCCUAGUCUAUUUGUAUCAGAGAUGGUGA